AUAACCAAGAACAAUGCACGAUAAGAACAAAGAAAGUACAGUGACGGUGUGCUUCUGUCAAAGCAGCUUCCAUCUGCAUUGCAUCUGGAAGCCAUAACGUGCGUUUGGUGUAAUAAUUUAGUGUGCCGUUUUAGAACUCUUCGUGGUAUUUAAAUUUGUGUUGUGUCGUUAUCUGUGCACUGAAUAACUACGCUCAUCGAAAAGAUUUUAUUAGCAUCGAAUUUAAAAGUUACUCCAGAAUAUGCGCGAGGUACUCUCGAUCAACAUUGGACAGGCGGGAUGCCAGAUUGGCAAUGCGUGUUGGCAGCUUUUUACCCUGGAGCAUGGCAUCCAGGCGGAUGGAACCGUCAGCGAAAAGGUGCCAAUCGAUGAGAACAUGGCAGCAUUCUUCCACAAUACGGAUUCCGGCCGGGUGGUCCCGCGAAACAUCUUCAUCGACUUGGAGGAGUCGGUCAUAUCCGAGUUAAAGAGUGGCCCGUAUAAAUAUCUGUACCAUCCUCUGCACAUGAUCGCCGGCAAGGAGGACGCAGCCAAUAACUAUGCCAGGGGUCACUACACGGUUGGGAAGCAAAUCAUCGAACAAGUUUGUACGUCGAUCCAAAAACAAGCAGAACAAUGCGACGGAUUGCAGGGAUUCUUGGUGUUUCAUUCAUUUGGCGGUGGAACUGGUUCAGGGUUCACAUCACUGCUGAUGCAACGGUUGGCUUCAGAGUUCGGCAAGAAGUGCAAGCUGGAGUUCGCAGUGUACCCCUCUCCAAGGAUUUCAACGGCCGUUGUUGAGCCGUACAAUACUGUCAUUUCUACAAGCACUACCAUGGCCAAUUCCGACUGUUGCUUCAUCAUGGACAACGAGGCGACCUACGAUAUCUGUUCGAAAAACUUGCAAAUCGGUCGACCGGAUUACAUCCAUUUGAACACGCUGGUGGCCCAGGUCGUAUCUUCAGCCACGGCUUCGCUGCGAUUCAAAGGCACGAUGAAUGUGGAUUUGAACGAGUUUCAAACAAAUCUUGUACCAUAUCCCAGGAUUCACUAUCCUCUAGUGUCGUACGCACCGUUGCUCUCUGCCUCCAAGGCACAGCACGAGUACUCGUCCGUGUCAGAGAUCACCAAUGCGUGUUUCGAACCGUCCAACAUGAUGGUCAAAUGUGAUCCCCGCCACGGAAAGUACAUGGCCUGUUGUAUGCUGUACCGUGGAGACGUAGUUCCCAAGGACAUCAACAGUGCGAUCGCGGCCAUCAAAAGCAAACGGCACAUCACUUUCGUAGAUUGGUGUCCAACCGGGUUCAAGAUCGGCAUAAACCAACAGGCCCCGAGCGUUCUUCCUGGGGGCGAUUUGGCGAAACCCAAGCGAGCGGUUUGUAUGCUCUCGAAUAGUACGGCCAUGUCCGAGGCGUGGGCUCGUGUUGACCAGCAGUUCGACCUGAUGUACCGGAAGCGGGCCUUUGUGCACUGGUACGUUGGAGAAGGCAUGGAGGAAGGCGAAUUCAGCGAAGCACGUGAAGAUCUGGCAGUUCUGGAGCAGGACUACGAGGAAGUGGCCGGCGAUACGCAGGAUCCCGACGGGGUGGGUUCGGAUUAUGAGUACUAAAUACUUGAGUAGUGGUGGUUUCUGUACAAAUGUACUAUUUCGUGUAUUUGUUUUCUUCUGUAAGCUAAGUCUAAAUAAACAUUUACAAUUAGGGGUUCAAUAAAGAUUAUCAUAAUUGUCCUGUAAUAAUUUUUAAACCGGUUUAAUACCAUUUUUGAGCUCUUAAUUAUUUAUGUGACGAAAAUAUCAUUAAGUUACGUUUGAGUGACUAGAAGUAAGUA